AAAAUAUUUCCGUUUCCUACUUUAGCUCUUCCUUUUACUAAAGCCUCAAUCAUGGCUACCCAACUAUCGAAAAAGAGAAAGUUUGUUACAGAUGGAAUUUUUAAAGCUGAGUUGAACGAGUUUCUGACUCGUGAACUAGCUGAAGAUGGUUACAGUGGUGUAGAGGUUCGUGUGACACCAACCCGUACUGAAAUUAUCAUCCUUGCAACUCGUACACAAAAUGUAUUGGGUGAAAAAGGGCGUAGAAUCAGAGAACUUACAUCUGUUGUGCAGAAGAGAUUUGGAUUUCCAGAGGGCACAGUAGAGUUGUAUGCAGAGAAAGUUGCUACCCGUGGUCUUUGCGCAAUAGCCCAGUGUGAAUCCCUCAGAUAUAAAUUGAUUGGUGGCUUAGCUGUAAGGAGAGCUUGCUAUGGUGUACUGCGAUUUAUCAUGGAAUCUGGAGCCAAGGGCUGUGAAGUAGUUGUAUCUGGAAAAUUGAGAGGUCAGAGAGCUAAAUCCAUGAAGUUUACUGAUGGACUUAUGAUUCACAGUGGUGAGCCACUGAAUGAUUAUGUCGACACUGCUGUCAGGCAUGUGCUACUCAGACAAGGUGUCUUGGGUAUCAAAGUUAAAAUUAUGCUGCCAUGGGACCCAAGUGGCAAAAUCGGACCACGUCGUCCUCUUCCUGAUCAUGUUAGCAUUGUAGAGCCUAAAGAAGAGACUGCACCUGCAUCACCCUACAGUGAACCCAAAGGAGGCAAGACUACAGAUGCUCCUUCUGUUGCUGCCAUUGGGACAGUACCUUCUUAGUGAAUG